CAAGGCACCCAACAGCUUCCCUCUUGCCUGCUGUUGUCGGCGCUUGCAUCCCCAAGCCUCCCGCCUUCGAGUUCCUACCCUCACGCGUCUUCCCCCUCCCGGGGGCACCUCUCCAACCGACCGACCGGCCGAUCAACCGACAGCGCAACAAUCGGACUUUUAGACAACACCCAGCCAGACCCGUCCGCGCCGCUUGGUGCGACGCUCCCCAAAGAGAAUGGCGCAACGGCACCAGACGUCACGGCCGAAGCCGCCGCCGCCGGGCGAGGAGGAGGCCGGCGCGGUGCUGAAGCUGGGCGAGUUCGAGGGCGUCGAGACGCUGAGCCUGUCCGAGGCCUCGCUCGUCAUCAACGCGCUCAUGGCCAAGCGCCGCAACGAGCGCAAGAACGUGAACGAGACAGAAGUUCUUCACAAGACGAUCGACUACCUGGACGCCUUCGCUCGGUUCAAGCAGAAAGAGAACGUCGAGGCUGUCGAGCGGCUGCUGUCGGCGCGACCCGAGCUUACAAAGUUCGAGCGUGCCGCACUGGGCUCCCUUUGUCCCGAAACGGCCGAAGAGGCCAAGCGGUUGAUUCCGUCGCUCAAGGACAAGUUCAACGAUCUCGAUCUUGACGACCUCCUUGAGGAGAUGGGCAAGCAUCAGGGCUGAGUGGAAUAGACACCCGGGGGACCGACAUGUCUAGGUCUCAGGAGAGCCAGGGGUCGGCGGUCGAGGCUUGAUGACUUGAAAGUGCGGGCGACACCAAGAAAUGAGGCCUGCGUCUUUGAGAAAUCAGGCAGAUGGCUCACUCGUAUUCUGCCAGGGUUUGCCCCUUUCCCUUUUUCAUCUUGGGUUUUUUUUCACAAGUUGACUAUUAUUCUUUACCUGCAUGGGUGGCGUACUAUCGGAAUGCUGUACCGCUAUUUAGAGCGUGUCUGAAUACCCAAAUACACUAGAGACGAAGCCAACCAAGGUAUCAAUCACGGUAUGAAGGUAGCUAUCUGAGGGAUGGCUUGCUAUUCCAGCGACUAACUAGG